AUGGCAUCUCAGGCAUUCAUCGUGGCGGCCAAGCGUACGCCGUUUGGCGCGUUUGGCGGCAAGCUCGCUGGGUUCAGCGCAUCGCAGCUGGGUGGACUGGCGUCCAAGGCGGCGCUGGCGGAGCUGCCGGCAUCGACGCAGGUGGACGCGACCAUCUUUGGUAACGUGCAUGCGAGCGACAACACGGCCGCGUACCUCGCGCGUCACGUUGGCCACCACGCCGGCCUGCCCGUCACCGUACCUGCGCUGACGGUCAACAGGCUGUGCGGUUCGGGAUUCCAGAGCAUCAUCAAUGCGGUGCACGAGAUCCGCGUGGGAGACUCGAAUGUUGUGCUCACCGGUGGCACAGAGUCCAUGUCCCAAGCACCCUACACUCUGUCCGGCGUGAGGUUCGGAAACACCCGCUACGGUCAGGAUCUCAAGCUGGUCGAUUCGCUCGCUGCGGCGCUGACGGAUCAGGUGCCUACGCCCACGCCCAUGGGUAUCACUGCCGAAAACCUCGCUGCCAAGUACGGUAUUUCGAGGCAGCAGUGCGACGAGUAUGCGCUGCAGACGCAGCAGCGAUACCAGAAGGCGCUGGCGGACGGAGCGUUCAGGGACGAAAUUGUGCCCGUCGAGAUCAAGUCCAAGAAGGCUACCGAGAGCUUUGAUGCGGACGAGCACCCGCGUGCCAAGACGACCGUCGAGAGCCUGGGCAAGCUCCCCAGCGUUUUCAAGAAGGAGGGCACUGUUUCGGCAGGUAACGCCAGCGGUAUCUGUGACGGUGCCGCCGCCAACGUGGUCGCGUCCGAGCAGGCGGUCAAGGAGUUUGGUCUCAAGCCUCUUGCGCGCAUCGUGUCGUACGGUGUCACUGCGUGCGAGCCCAGCAUUAUGGGUAUUGGACCCGUGGAGGCUACGCGUCUGGCGCUCAAGCGCGCCGGCCUUAGCGUGUCGGACAUGGACCUGAUCGAGGUCAACGAGGCUUUCGCUGCGCAGUUCCUCUCGGUGCAGAAGGAGCUCGAACUGCCCAACGACAAGACCAACGUGUUUGGCGGCGCCAUCGCACUGGGUCACCCGCUCGGCGCAAGCGGCGCAAGGAUCAUGGCCAACCUCACGCACAACCUCGUCCGCCUCAACAAAAAGUACGCCCUCGGCGCUGCGUGCAUCGGCGGCGGCCAGGGCAUCGCCAUCGUCAUCGAGCGUGUCUAA